AAUUGGGGUGCCAGGGGCACCACGAAGCUUCUGGGAGGUCCUGCUGCAGGAGCUGGUGAUUCUCUGGGGGUGGGAAGCACCAUAAACUUCCAAGAUGACGGACCAGCAGGCAGAAGCCCGUGCCUUCCUCAGUGAGGAGAUGAUUGCGGAGUUCAAAGCCGCCUUCGACAUGUUUGAUGCUGAUGGCGGUGGAGACAUCAGCACCAAGGAGCUGGGGACGGUGAUGAGAAUGCUGGGCCAGAACCCCACCAAAGAGGAGUUGGAUGCCAUCAUUGAGGAGGUGGACGAGGAUGGCAGCGGCACCAUUGACUUCGAGGAGUUCCUGGUCAUGAUGGUGCGCCAGAUGAAAGAGGAUGCCAAAGGCAAAUCUGAGGAGGAGCUGGCCAACUGCUUCCGCAUCUUUGACCGGAAUGCGGAUGGGUUCAUUGACAUUGAGGAGCUGGGUGAGAUCCUGAGAGCCACCGGAGAGCCUGUCACUGAUGAGGACAUAGAGGACAUGAUGAAGGACUCAGACAAGAACAAUGACGGUCGCAUUGACUUUGAUGAGUUCCUGAAGAUGAUGGAGGGUGUGCAGUAAAGGACCAGACAUUCCUUGGGCCAGCUGCUGCACCCAGCCCUGCUCCCCUGCUGUCCAGGGAGCGGCAGC